UGCUCGGUAGCGAGACGCUAGCUUACACAUUCGCGCCCGUGAAACUCGUGUGGCGUCCUCGCUAAGUCGCCCUCGUUUAAUUACAAGUAAAAACGAUUAAAUAUAUACAAGUGCAUCGAAAUAAACAACUCUCACGACGUAACUCCACAACGGACAUUUAUUCCUCAUCUGUCAGGAUUAUAUCAACGCGUCAGUUAGCUGUCCACGAGGCUUUGACGACAGUUUAUUUUGACGGGAAAUCCUUAGUUUUACUAUAUUGAAUCUUAAAAAAUGCCUGCUAGGUUUGAAAGCAUGAAUACUCCGAUCGCACGUGAUCAUAUUAUUCCUAACGGCAUGCCAUACGUUGUUGAUGAUGAAAUUGUUAUCACAGGAUUUUCUGGUCGCUUGCCCGAGUCUUCAAACAUAGAAGAAUUCAAACAGCAGCUUUUCGAUGGAAUCGAUCUAGUAACAGACGAUGAACGACGAUGGCCUUCCGGUCUUCACGGUCUUCCCAACAGAACCGGAAAAAUCAAGGAUAUCGCAUCCUUCGAUGCCACUUUUUUCGGCGUCCACGCCAAACAAGCACAUGUGAUGGAUCCUCAACUUAGAAUGCUCCUCGAAUUAACGCACGAAGCCAUCGUAGAUGCCGGCAUCAAUCCCGCAGAAAUUAGAGGAUCCAAAACCGGCGUUUUCAUCGGAGUUAGUGAGUCAGAAUCUGAUGAAUUUUGGACCUCAGACCCAGAUCAGGUUAACGGUUACGGUUUAACCGGCUGUUGUCGGGCAAUGUUCCCCAAUAGAAUAUCCUACACAUUUGACUUUACGGGUCCAAGUUUCGCCAUUGACACCGCCUGUUCCUCGUCUCUCUUUGCCAUGCAUCAAGCAGUGACCGCCAUGCGUUCCGGCCAAUGUGAAGCAGCAAUCGUUGGCGGCGUAAAUCUCGUCCUAAAACCCACAAGUUCCCUCCAGUUUCACCGGCUCAACAUGUUGUCCAUGGAUGGAGCUUGCAAAUCCUUCGACGCCUCAAGGAACGGAUACGUCAGAGCAGAAGCCGCAGUUGUCAUCUUCCUUCAAAAAGCACGGAACUCAAGAAGAGUCUAUGCAACAGUCGUCAACUCCAAGACGAACACAGAUGGCCACAAAGUCCAGGGAAUCACCUUUCCCAGUGGAGACAUGCAGAACAAACUGAUGCGAGAAGUUUACUCAGAAUUAGGUCUCGAUCCCGCUGAUGUCGUCUAUGUAGAAGCUCACGGAACCGGAACCAGUGCUGGAGAUCCACAAGAAGUCAACUCGAUCGUAGAAUUGUUCUGCAAAAACAGAAGGAAGCCUCUGCUCCUCGGGUCUGUUAAAUCCAAUAUGGGACACUCGGAACCCGCGAGUGGUCUCUGUUCCAUUGCGAAGAUGCUGAUAGCGUUCGAGGCUGGAGUAAUCCCAGGCAAUCUCCAUUUCAAGAUUCCCAAUCCAGACAUUCCUGCUUUACACGACGGACGCGUACAGGUUGUGGAUCGAUCCACGCCUUGGAAUGGCGGUUUGAUAGCCGUCAAUUCUUUUGGCUUUGGUGGUGCGAACGCGCACGUUGUUUUGCGCGGCAAUCCAAAGCCAAAAAUCGCUCCAUUGCUAGAUAUAAAUUUACCGAAGAUUGUUUCUGUCUCUGGAAGGACUGAAGAGGCCGUGAAUACUUUCCUGGAUAAGGUUAAGGAACACGAAAAGGAUGACGAGUUUACUUCAUUGGUGCAAGACUUGCACGCGAAUAACAUAACCGGGCAUGCAUAUCGUGGAUUUCAAAUCCUCGGCGACGUAAAUGUACGAGAAGUUGGUGAAUUCAGUGGAGAGAAGAGGCCUAUUUGGUAUGCGUUUUCUGGAAUGGGUUCUCAGUGGGCAGGUAUGGGCCGAGCGCUCUUUUGCAUCGACACCUUCCAAUCGAGUAUUCGCCGUUGCGCGGAUGCUCUGAAACCAGAAGGUAUUGACUUGUUGGAUCUCAUUAUGAAUGGAACGAACGAGACGUUUGAAAAGGUGGUGAAUAGUUUUGUCUCGAUCGCAGCAAUUCAAGUCGCAUUGGUGGACCUGCUGACUUUAGUUGGUAUCCAGCCUGAUGGAAUUGUCGGUCACUCAGUUGGUGAACUUGGUUGCGCUUAUGCAGAUGGCGGACUUACAGCCGAGCAAGCCGUCCUCGCUGCCUUCUGGCGAGGGAAAUCAAUUGUGGAAUCAGAUCUGCCGAAAGGCAGCAUGGCUGCGAUAGGUCUCAGCUGGGAGGAGACACAGAAAAGGUGUCCACCAGAUAUUUGCUUGGCUUGUCACAAUUCUGCCGAUUCAGUGACUAUUUCCGGUCCACUAGAAUCAGUCGAGAAAUUUGUACAAACGCUGAAGAAAGAGAACAUUUUUGCGAAGAAAGUUCAGAGUUCUGGAGUUGCUUUCCACAGUAGAUAUAUCGAAUCUUGCGGGCCAAGAUUGAGAGCUGCUCUUGAGAAGAUAAUUCCUAACCCGAAACCAAGGACCUCUAGGUGGAUCUCGAGUUCUAUUCCGGAAUCUGCAUGGAAUACUCCAUUGGCACAGCUUAGUUCUCCAGCUUAUAAUGUCAAUAACCUUCUUUCACCAGUUUUAUUCCAUGAGGCAAUUGCUCAUGUGCCUGAAAAUGCGAUUGUAAUAGAAAUCGCCCCUCAUUGUUUGCUCCAAUCUAUUCUUCGCAGGUCAUUACCACCAACAGUCACAAACAUCGGUCUUCACAAACGAGAACACAGUGAUAAUCUCACGUUUCUUUUGACAAAUAUUGGCAAACUUUACAACAGUGGAGGCCAGCCGAGGCUUUCCAAACUCUAUCCUCCCAUAACUUAUCCAGUUGGACGAGGAACUCCGAUGAUUAACUCGAUGGUUCAAUGGGAUCAUUCAAUAAAGUGGAAUGUUGCAGACUUUUCUGGAAAAUCAGGACAAUCCGGACAGAGUGUAGUAGAAAUUGAUUUAUCAAAAGAGGAAUACUCUUAUAUUGCUGGUCACUGCAUCGACGGAAGAAUUCUUUUCCCCGCGACUGGAUACCUAACAAUCGUGUGGAAAACCUUCGCAAAAUUACGAGGAACAGACUAUGAGAAGAUUCCUGUCGUUUUUGAAGAUGUGCAGUUCCAUCGCGCUACCAUUAUGCCGAAAGAGGGUUCUGUCAAAUUUGUUAUCAAUAUCUUCGAAGGUACUGGAGGUUUUGAAAUUUCCGAAAGCGGAGCUUCAACAGUGACAGGAAAGAUUCGAGCACCAGAGGACAUUGCAAAGGCACAUCUCAACCUACCAGUACCUGUCGUUCGAAGCCAACCUGAUUUAUUAGAACUGAAGACCGAUGACGUAUACAAAGAUCUUCGACUUCGUGGCUACGAUUACAGCGGAAUUUUCAAAGGUAUCAAAUCAUCCGACAACCGAGGUGUUUGCGGAAAACUUUCUUGGUCAAACGACUGGAUUUCUUUUGUCGAUACGAUGCUCCAGUUCGCGAUUCUUGGUAAAAAUACUAAGGAUCUAUUUCUGCCAACUCGAUUGCAGUACGCAGCAAUUAAUCCUGCAAAUCAUAUGCAAAUCAUAGAAAAGUUACAAGAGGAUGAAGGGAUUCCGGUCUAUAGUUACACUAAUGUUGAAAUCGUCAAAUCGGGAGGAGUAGAGUUGAGAGGAAUGAAAUCUUCCCUUGCUCCGAGAAGACAGCAAACUCAAGCUGAUCCAAAACAUGAGAAAUAUACUUUCGUGCCGUAUGAGAAUACACAAUCUCUGGUGGAAGAUCCCGAGAAGGCAAAAUUGCACGCGUUGACUGUCCUGCUUCAAGUUGCCAAUGAAAACCAGGGUUUAAUCAAAAUUAAAGCAGUUGAAGCUACUGCUGAACGAAAUCCUGAGGCGCUUUUAACACCCUUGGUCUUAGAUAUUCUACUUAGUGAACCGAUGCUCGAUGUUGACAUGAAAUUGGCUACAGUGUCUCCUGAUAACUAUGCUACGAUUGUGGAACAAUGCGAUGCUAAAACUGCUGUUGUUGAUAUACAGAGCACUCCUGUUGGACAGGAUCUCCAUCUUAUAUUGGCAGCGGAUGUACUGAAUAAUAAGAUGGCUGCGGCUCUGAAAAACUUUGAAGCUUCACUUAAUCCGGGUGGCUUUAUUCUUUCUGAGGAAACUACCAAAUUGGAUCCAAAUAUCUUAAAGGGGUCUGGUUUAAUUUUCGUGGGAAAGCAGAUUGUCCCUGGAAAGACUUAUAUACUUUUGAAGAAAGAAGAGGAGAAGGCGGAACCUAUUAUUGUUCAAGUUACGGAGAAGAACUUCGCUUGGGUGGAUGAGUUGAAAGCUGCACUCAAGAAGUCAGAAACUGAGGGGCAGAAGAUUCUGGUUGUUGGCCAAGGAGAAGAACUUCUUGGUCUCGUUGGAUUGAUGACCUGUGUCCGCAGAGAGGCAGGUGGAUUGAAUGCCCGUUACGUAUUCAUUCAAGACAAGAGUGCCGAAAAUUUCUCGUUAAGUGAUGCUUUCUACGGUCAGCAGUUGAACAAGCAACUCAUGGCAAACGUGCUAAAAGGUGGACAAUGGGGAUCAUAUCGUCACUUGCGAUUAGACAAACAAAGCGACGUACCUGCUCUUCAGGUAGAACAUGCAUACAUCAAUGCUUUGGUGAGAGGAGAUUUGAGCAGCUUGCGAUGGAUUGAAGGUCCUCUGAGUUAUUAUCAAUCCGAGAAAUUCGUUGGACAAGAACUCUGCGACGUCUAUUAUGCGCCCCUCAAUUUCAGAGAUAUCAUGUUAGCCUCCGGAAAAUUGCCGCCAGACGCCCUUCCUGGUGAUUUAGCAAGUCAGGAUUGCAUCCUAGGUCUGGAAUUCGCUGGCAGAGAUUCAGCAGGUCGACGAGUUAUGGGUAUGGUAGGAGCUCGGGGAUUGGCAACGACAGUUUUGGCCGACCCUGGAUUCAUGUGGCAGGUGCCGGACAAAUGGACAUUGGAAGAAGCAGCUACUAUUCCAGUUGUUUACGCAACAAGCUAUUAUGCCUUGGUAGUCAGAGGACGAAUGCAAUCCGGCGAAAGUAUUCUAAUCCAUGCUGGUAGCGGUGGAGUUGGUCAAGCUAGCAUAGCUGUAGCCCUGCAUGCAGGUUGCACGGUCUUUACGACAGUCAGCUCAAAAGAAAAACGAGAUUUCCUCAAGAAAACGUUCCCUCAGCUAACAGACAAACACAUUGGAAACUCCCGAGACACCAGUUUCGAGCAGCUUAUUCUCUCUGAAACCCAAGGUCGAGGAGUGGACAUCGUGUUGAAUUCUCUUUCCGAAGAGAAACUUCAAGCGAGUGUCCGCUGUUUAGCAAAAGACGGCCGAUUCCUUGAAAUCGGAAAGUUUGACCUUUCCAAUAACACAGGCCUGGGAAUGUCCUUUUUCCUGAAGAACACCAGCUUCCACGGAAUUCUCUUGGAUGCUCUAUUUGACACCAACGGUCCUGAGAAGAAGGAGGUUGUUCAGCUUGUCUAUGAAGGUAUUCAGAAUGGAGCAGUGCGUCCGCUUCCCUCUACAGUUUUCACGGAACAACAAAUUGAACAAGGAUUCAGGUUCAUGGCUGCCGGCAAACACAUUGGUAAAGUUCUACUUAAAAUUCGCGACGAGGAAUCCAAGAAAGUAGUGAAACCAGUUUUGAAAACCGUAGCUGCUAUUCCCCGAACCUACAUGAAUCCUGACAAAUCCUAUGUCUUUGUCGGAGGUCUCGGAGGAUUUGGCUUGGAACUAGCCAACUGGGUGAUCACAAGAGGAGCGAAGUUCAUCGUUCUCACAUCUCGAUCAGGAAUUCGAACUGGAUACCAAUCACUUUGCAUUCGAAGGUGGCGGGAAAUGGGCAUCACGAUUCAGGUUUCGACAACAGACGUCACCAGCGAAUCUGGAGGAGAGAGUCUUCUCAAGGAAGCCAUGAAGCUUGCACCUGUUGGGGGAAUAUUCAACCUCGCUGCCGUUCUUCGCGAUGCCUUGAUUGAAAACUUGGAGGAUGGUCACUUUAAAAGUGUAUGUCUGCCGAAAGUAGACGGCACAAAGAAUUUGGACUCGGCCUCGAAGAAAUACUGUCCAGAGCUCGACUACUUCGUCUGCUUCUCAUCAGUUUCCUGCGGAAGAGGAAAUGCUGGACAGACGAAUUACGGACUGGCCAACUCGGCGAUGGAAAGGAUAAUGGAACAGAGACAAGCUGCUGGAUUACCAGGUCUCGCCAUUCAGUGGGGAGCAAUUGGAGACGUUGGGAUGGUCCUGGAAAUGAUGGGUAACAACGAUACUGAAGUUGGUGGCACUCUGCCACAAAGAAUGGCAUCUUGUCUGACGACCAUGGAUUCGUUCCUUCAACAACCACAUCCUGUUCUGGCCUCGAUGGUUCUCGCCGAAAAGCAGAAAGCAGGCGACGCUUCUGGUCAAUUAAAUCUACUUGACGCUAUUGCCAAUAUAUUGGGCAUCAAGGACGUGAAGACAGUCAACGUGAACAAUAGCUUGGCUGAUCUUGGAAUGGAUUCUUUGAUGGGAACUGAAAUUAAACAGACCCUCGAGAGGAAUUACGAUCUCGUUCUCUCCGCUCAAGAAAUUCGAUCUCUUACGUUUGGCAAGUUACUUGCAUUAUCUUCAGGAUCGGCGGAAUCCAGCGAAGCAAAUCCUCCAGCUACUGCUGUUAAUUCCAUGAAUGAAAACGACCCGGAUGAGUUCUUCUUCCAGUGUUCUGGAACCGAAAUUGUACCAGUCAAAUCGCUGAUUCAGCUACAGUCGAAGGUCAAAACUGGCGAACCAAUAUUUGUGAUUCACGCGGUCGAAGGAGUUGUUUCUCCUUUGAAAAGUUUGGCCAGCGAACUCGAGCGACCUGUUUGGGGUCUACAAUGUACCAAGGAUGCGCCUCUUGACUCGCUAACGGAUCUGGCAACGUACUACAUCAAGGAAAUGAAGACUGUGAAAAAGCAAGGCCCUUAUAGCAUUAUAGGGUAUUCGUUCGGUGCUUGUGUUGCAUUCGAAAUGGCGUUACAGUUGGAGAAAAGUGGAGAGUCGACAGUCCUGACACUUCUUGACGGAUCACCAGACUUUAUCACGUUACACAGCCAAACUAUUGGAAAGCAAACAGCAUCACUUAGCCCUGAUCUACCGACUGGUGGCUAUCAAAAGGCCCUUGCCUUUUUCACAAGGCAGCUUAACUCCGAUAUCAGUUUUAUGAAGGCAUAUAGCAUAUUAAGAGAGACUAAAUCUGACGAGGAAUCCUUAAAUAAAAUGUUGGAGUUAAUAGGAAAUACUCCCUUUAAGCCAGAAGACCUAAAAGUCGCUGGAAGUUUGUUUUUCAAGAAGCUGCGGGCAGCGAAUAUGUAUAAACCAUCCAGCAAAUAUGACGGACCUAUCACUCUCAUCAAGGCCAAAGAUAACUUUGUUUCCUUAAACAAUGAUUACGGUUUAUCUGAGAUUUGCAGACAAAAUGUAAGGAUCGAGGAGUUGCCAGGAAACCACAGGAGUAUCCUCUCUGGAGAUAUCGUUAAAAAAAUGGCAACACUCAUAAGAACAUAAACACAAGUUAUUCUUGGAUAAAGUAAUUGUCUUAAGAUAUUGUAAGUAUCAUCAUAAUCGAAGAACAGCGAAUUUUUAUCCUUGUUCCUCUUCUCAAUCGCUUGAGCUACGAAGUGUUGUAUAAUAAUUUAGCCUGUUUUCUUGGCAAUCAUUUCAAGCAUCCGAAAGUAAUUCAAGCAUGUGUGAAACUUCUUUUAUACAAAAAUUUCUUCCUAGAAAUCUUCGUUCGCAAUUCCAUUUUUUUCCACAUUAAAAGGCUUUAUUUUGUCUCACAUUGUGUCUUUGCGUAUUUUUUGUUUUAUUUGCACGUAAAAAACUGCAAUAUGCCAUUUUUUAAUGCGGCCAAAAUGAACCAGAUAGUAUUUUUAAGAUGCGUUUUAAUUUGUGCUUAAAACCAAUUUUACUAUUGUUUUUUGUAGUUUAAAGCAAUUAAUAAAUUUGGAAAAAAAGAGAUUUAUCGGAAAAUUGUUAAACGUGGAAUUUUCAUCGUAUACAGUGAAAAAGCACGUUUUAAAUUGAAAUGCAUCUUAAAAAUGAUACCUGGUUUUGUGAGUAUGCGACUCCUGAGCACCCAAGAAUUCAGGUACCAAUCGAUCAAUCAGCUUUAAAUAACUUGAAAAAUAGCGCGCAAUCGUUUAAUGACAGGAACGAAUGGAUGGUAAUCCUUUUCUAUACGAUUUUCAGAUGGUUACCAGUGGACAGGUUUCCAUUUCCAGAUUGUCUGAACAUUUAAUUCUAGACUUGUAGAGAGAUAUACAGAGUUUUUUUGUUGUAUUUUUAUUUAGUUUUAGUGAAAUUAUGCGUUUUAAUGAGACGCGUCGCGAUUUAAUACUUAUGUACAUUCAUCAAAAAAUGCGAAACGCUACGAAUUAUUUAAAUGCAUUUAAAUGCUUUAUACAUUAAGAAUACGAUUUAAAUGAACAAAGUGGCUGUAAAAUACACGAUAUAUUACUUUAGACUAUAUUUUUUUAAGGUUCUUGUUUCCGUUUCCUCAUUUAAUUAGUAGAAAUGUAGCAUGUAUGAAGACAGUGUAAAAAUGUAUCACGUGCGUGUGUGUUGAGUUGAAAAUGAAACGUGAACUAUCUCGUAUGACGUUAUAUCAUAUUUAUUAUGUACUUUUGUCGGGUAUAAAUUAUACUCUUGUAUGAAAUAAACUUGAACAAUAAACGGAAUACAAAUAAUA